AUGAGAGCUGUAGCAAUUUUGAAAGGUUCAGAAGUUUCAGGUGUCGUCUGGUUCGAACAAAAGACUGAAAACGACCCAACUACCAUCACUUACGAAAUCAGUGGUAAUGCUCCAAAUGCUCUAAGGGGGUUCCACGUCCAUCAAUUGGGUGAUUUAACUAACGGUUGUGUAACGGCUGGUCCUCAUUUCAACCCAUUCGCAAAGACUCACGGUGCUCCAACUGCUGAAACCAGACACGUUGGUGACAUGGGUAACGUCAAAACCGACGCUAAUGGUGUUGCCAAGGGUUCUUUAACUGACAGUUUGAUCAAGUUAUAUGGUCCUACUUCUGUCGUUGGAAGAAGUGUCGUCAUUCACUCUGGUCAAGAUGAUUUAGGUAAAGGUGGUGAUGAAGAAUCUCUAAAGACCGGUAAUGCUGGCGGUAGAGCCGCAUGUGGUGUCAUUGGUCUUGCUGCUGACAAAUAA